AAUAAGGAAGGGAUUGCAUCAGCAUCUUGAACAGCUCAUCCUAACAAGUCCCUUCUCAUAGCCUCUGCAUUUGCUUGCACUGAGUCAUACACUUCUAAACUGGCAUGUGCAGAGUUGAAAGUUAAAAGACAGCGUUAGUAAGUCUGCAGGAUGGAGCUGCGACCACUUGUUAUGUGUUUUGCCCUCUGUGUGGUUUACGCCACCAGCAAACCCACAGAGAAGAAGGAACGUGUUCACCACGAUGAACCCCUCAGCAACCGAGAUCACGACGAUAUGGAGAACUUUGACUAUGACCAUGAGGCCUUUCUGGGGCAAGAGGAGGCCAAGACCUUCGACCAGCUCACACCAGAAGAGAGCAAGGAGAGACUCGGCAUGUUGGUUGAACGUAUAGACGAUGAUAAGGAUGGCUAUGUGACCGCUGAGGAGAUGAAGAAGUGGAUCAAGCAUGCUCAGAAGAGGUGGAUCUAUGAUGAUGUGGAUCGACAGUGGAAGAGUCAUGACCUCAACGGGGAUGAUUUUGUGUCCUGGGAGGAGUACAAGAACGCCACAUAUGGAUACAUUCUUGAUGAUCCUGACCCCGAUGAUGGCUUCAGCUACAGGCAGAUGAUGGAUCGCGAUGAGAGGAGAUUCAAAAUGGCCAACCAAGACAAUGACAUGAAAGCCAACAAAGAGGAGUUUACAGCCUUCCUUCACCCCGAGGAGUACGACCACAUGAAAGACAUUGUGGUGAUGGAAACUAUGGAAGACAUUGACAAGAAUGGAGAUGGUUUAAUAGAUUUAGAUGAGUACAUAGGUGACAUGUACAACCAGGAGGGAGACUCCACAGAACCUGAGUGGGUGAAGACAGAGAGGGAACAGUUUACUGAAUUCAGAGACAAAAACAAAGAUGGAAAGAUGGACAAGGAGGAGACCAGAGACUGGAUCCUGCCCAGUGACUACGAUCAUGCUGAUGCCGAGGCCAAGCAUCUGGUCUAUGAGUCAGAUACAGACAAAGAUGGCCGUCUGACCAAGGCAGAAAUCGUGGAUAAGUACGACCUGUUCGUGGGCAGCCAGGCGACCGACUUUGGAGAGGCUCUGACUCGACACGACGAGUUCUAACAUCCACCUGCCUCCAAAGACUCUGUUCGUCUUGCAUACCAACUUACUCCUCCAACAGUGGACGGAGUAUUUAAAACAGGAUGAGCUCGCCUAAUCCAACGCCACGGACAAUAAUUUAUUUGAUUUGUUGAAUGUGUCCCAUUGUACACACACACUAACAUUACACACUAACGGUGUGUCCUCAUGCUCAGUUGUGUGUAAGAUUGGGAUAUAUAUCGCCAGCCUUUGCUCUGCUUCCACACACUAACUCUUCCCUUUUCCAGGUCAAAGCAAAGGACAAACAGUGUUAGAUGACAAUUUGUUGUUUUUUUUUUUUUAUUUGAAAGAAUGAUUUUAUGAAAUAGCCAUGUUUUGUUAUGAAACCCUAAUAGAACAAGUUUGCAGUAUACAGAAGAGUUUAUCGUACCAUUUCAGUGCACUAGACUGUGAAGAGGUAAAGCUGAUUUCUUGCCAGUAGAAGUUCUUCUCCUCUGUCUAAUCAUGUAAUCAGGCCUAAACUGAAAACUCUAGUUCCUGAUUCACUUUUUCUUGUCUUUAUUGAUCAUAAUGCGGUAAUGCUGGAGUAUAGGAUGUUUGGAACGAGGAGUAAAUAAUAAGUUACAGUGACGAUGAAAACUAUUUGGACGAGUGCAAUACAGUAUCAUCAGUGGGACCACGCUGUGUUUGCUAUAAUGGUCCCCAAAGCAUCCAUGUUAACACAAGCUUUGAGUAAUAAAUAAUGGUGGGCUGUGUGUUAGUUGAAGGAAUCAAGAAUUUAUGAUUUAAAGACUGAUGGAUGCUUUGUCCUCGAAGCUGCCUCCUUUUCUUUUUUCUCAUCACCUCAAUAGUGUACGUGUGUGUGUGAAUUUGUGUGUACGUAUAUUACUUGUAUUCUUUAUGACUGAUCUCUCUUUUUUAUGUUAUGUUUUGAUGGAUUCAACUAUUUUGUGUGCCAAGCAAAAAAACUUUGUCCUGUUUUGUAAGCGGUAUAAAAAAAAAAAGCUUUUGCCCUCCUAAAUAUGUUUGUUAUGCUCGUAUUAUCACUACCACCAUUUAUAACCACUGUUGAGAAUUUUUAUGGUAUACUAUAAUGUAUAUGAUAAUGUUUUUUUACAGGUUCACUGCGGCAACCACCCUUUCACUAGUGACUUUACUGUAAAUAAGUUGUUGGUGUGCAAACUGAGCACUCUAACAAUCAGGUCCAGUUUUUGUGAUUGAGAGGAAUGUCUCAAUAAAAACAAAUAAAAUUGGAGCUUUUA